AAUGAACAGGUCCUGGAGGAGGCAUCUUCAUUGAUGAGGCGGGCAAAACUUGUCGAUGUGGUUCGUACGAGAGAAGGAGCAAUAUUGAUGGGAGAGCUUGCGGACGGCACAAGGACCAUGAGGACUGCGUCGGGAGCCUUUGCCGACGACAAAGCUUUGAAAAGAGGUCUUGAUUCGCUCGUCGGCGGAUUAGUAUCAAGCGCUUUGGGAUUGGGAGGUGCCGGUGUUCCUGAACAAGUUGACGCGUUUGAGGGCGUGGAGUGGAAGCGAAACAGGCGCUCUCCUCACGGCGCCACACAAAAUGCGUUAUAUCGACAAAAACUUUUGAGGCAGAACAAGAACGAUCAUCUGACGGAACUGCAGAGACG